UCGAGCUGACAGGAGCGUUCCCUCCGCGGUCUUCAUCCUAUUGUCCAAACCUGACGGACCUUUGAGAAACGAGCCCAGAGAUGCUGCGCUCUCAGGAUUAUUUUUCACAACUUCUCUGAACCAAAGCAGGUUUCUGAGGACCUCGCGCCGCGGGAACCACUUUGUUUUUUCGUUUCAAAGGUGUAAUGAUGCUACAUGUCGCUUUCUCCGCCUCCUAGUCCACUUUUCUUCACGUUAUUAUCGCGCAGCAUCCUGCAUCUGCCAUCACCCUGGCAACCAGGACUCUCCUCCUUCCUCUCCCCCCCCUCACCCUCCGAGAGAAGCAGAAAGAACAAAACGCUUUUUACUCUCGCCCUGCUGAUGGACACAGACAGCUUUUUCUUUACCUCCUGAAAUCUCCCUUCUAUAUUUGAACUGUGCUUUUUUAAAUGGUGAGGUUCAUGUGUCGGAGAAGUCUUUUCUCUCAGCACCACGAUGCCUGUGAGACGCGGUCAUGUUGCGCUCCAGAACACCUACCUGGACACCAUCAUCAGGAAAUUCGACGAGCAAAAUCGCAAGUUUCUGAUCGCCAAUGCUCAGAUGAAGAACUGUGGCAUCAUCUACUGCAAUGAAGGCUUCUGCCAGAUGUUUGGCUUCACCAGGGCGGAGAUCAUGCAGCAGCCCUGCACCUGCCAGUUCCUGGUGGGGCCCGGCACCAUGAAGAGCGCCCUGGCCCAGCUGGCCCAGGCCCUGCUCGGCUCUGAGGAGCACAAGGUGGAGAUCUUGUACUACGCCAAGGAAGGGACCUGCAGACCCUGUCGGGUGGACAUUGUCCCUGUGAAAAAUGAGGAAGGCUUUGUCAUCAUGUUCAUCCUCGACUUCCAGGAGCUGAUUGAUCCCACACUCAAAAAAUCUGGCCUCAGGCAGAGAGUAACCCAAGGAUGGAUUUACUGUAAACAUUAACACUUCCUUUAUUGUCAGAAUCGCCGGCUGAAGAUGAGGCUGCCAGUGCUGCGUUCCAUGCGACAGGCAUCACUUUCCAAAGAUCAGUUUGAGGGGGUCGUAGUGGACUACCUGCAGCCGGACAGUGAAGAGUUUCCUUUGAAAGAGUUCCGUAUCCCAUCCAAGGAGAGCUGCAUGCAGUCUGAGACAGAAGCUCUGAUAGAACAGGACCUGGAUCCUCCGUCUCCUGAAGCCCAGUCCUCCACCAAGCACUGCGCCCUGCUGACGGACCGCCUGGACCCCGGCAUCGCCUUCCCCCGGGGGACUGUACCUCGGAGCUGCUCCAGGGACAGUGUCUGCAGCCUCCGACGCGCUUCAUCACUGGACGACAUCGAAGGGAUGAGGGCUGAGUGGAGCAGUCGACCUGGAGACCCUCGAACUAACAGCAAUCUGAAGCCCGGCACUCUGAACUCCACGUCAGACUCGGAUUUGAUAAGACACCGGACCAUCGGCCGCAUCCCUCAGGUGACCCUCACCUUCGGCUCAGAUCGGAUGAGAGCUCCUUCGCCCACGGAGAUCGAAAUCAUCGCACCCAGCAGGAUGAAAGACCGCACCCAGAACGUCACGGAGAAGGUCACUCACGUCACACAGGUGUUGUCUCUCGGUGCUGACGUGCUGCCAGAGUACAAGCUCCAGGCCCCACGCAUCCACAAAUGGACCAUCCUGCACUACAGCCCAUUCAAAGCGGUGUGGGACUGGGUCAUCCUGCUGCUGGUCAUCUACACCGCAAUCUUCACACCAUACUCGGCUGCUUUCCUUCUCAACGAGGUGGAGGAACAGCGGAGGAGGACCUGCGGCUACACCUGCAACCCGCUCAACGUGGUGGACCUGGUGGUGGACGUCAUGUUCAUCGUGGACAUUCUCAUCAACUUCAGGACCACCUACGUCAACCACAACGACGAGGUGGUCAGCCACCCGGGUCACAUUGCACAGCACUACUUCAAGGGCUGGUUCCUCAUCGACAUCGUGGCCGCCAUUCCCUUCGAUCUGCUCAUAUUCCGCUCUGGAUCAGAGGAGCCCCAGACAACCACUCUGAUUGGUUUACUGAAGACAGCCAGGCUGCUGAGGUUGGUGCGAGUGGCUAGGAAGCUGGACCGUUACUCUGAAUAUGGAGCCGCCGUCCUGUUCCUUCUCAUGUGCACCUUUGCCCUCAUCGCUCAUUGGCUGGCCUGCAUCUGGUACGCCAUCGGCAACGUGGAGCGCCACGGCUCUCUGCACAUCGGCGGCAUGAAGAUCGGCUGGCUGGACAACCUGGCUGACCAGAUCGGCAAAAACUACAACGACAGCGACGCGUCCUCAGGCCCCUCCAUCAAGGACAAGUAUGUCACCGCUCUGUACUUCACCUUCAGCAGCUUGACCAGCGUGGGCUUUGGGAACGUCUCGCCCAACACCAACCCGGAGAAGAUCUUCUCCAUCUGUGUCAUGCUCAUUGGCUCUCUGAUGUACGCCAGUAUCUUCGGUAACGUGUCAGCCAUUAUCCAGAGGUUGUACUCGGGCACGGCCCGCUACCACACCCAGAUGCUGCGGGUCAAAGAGUUCAUACGUUUCCAUCAGAUCCCAGGAGGAUUGAAACAGCGGCUGGAGGAGUACUUCCAACACGCCUGGUCCUACACCAACGGCAUCGACAUGAAUGCUGUUCUAAAGGGUUUCCCUGAGUGUCUGCAGGCUGACAUCUGCCUCCAUCUGAACCGCAGCUUGCUUCAGAACUGCAAAGCCUUCCGCGGCGCCAACAAGGGCUGCCUGCGCGCUUUGGCCAUGCGAUUCAAGACCACCCACGCUCCCCCGGCGGACACUCUGGUCCACAGCGGGGACAUUCUCACCGCCGUCUACUUCAUUUCCAGAGGGUCCAUCGAGAUCCUCAGGGACGACGUGGUGGUGGCAAUACUGGGAAAGAACGACAUCUUUGGUGAACCCAUCAGUCUCUAUGGCCGACCAGGGAAGUCCAGCGCUGACGUCAGAGCUCUAACUUACUGCGACCUGCACAAGAUCCUGAGAGAUGACCUGCUGGAAGUGCUGGACAUGUAUCCCGACUUUGCUGACGUGUUCUGGAACAACUUGGAGAUCACCUUCAACCUGAGAGAUGCAGACAGAAUAAACCAGCCCACCCCGAGCAGGGACUCUGAAUGUGGCUACCGCCGGACAAGGCAUCGAAGAAGCUCCAUGCGGCGCCGAAACCGUCCAGACGGGAUGGACCGUGAGGACUCUUACCCCGAUCAGUCCUGUACAAUGGCAAACCACCACCAGAGCGCGAUGGCAGGAGCCCACUGGGAUGACCUCUGCAGCAGCACCAGUAUCUGUUCACAGUCUAGUGAUGAGGAGAUGAAGCCCAUGGGACACAGCAAAGGGGAGCUGUACCCCCCCACAGGUGACACCAGAGACUGUCCCCCAGCAGUGGUCAACAUCCUGCCUCACAGUGGACCCUCUGCUGGGUUGGGACCGCCCGUAGACCGCGGAGGACCACCGUUAUCAGCAGCAGCAGCAGCAGCAGCACCACCAAUCAGCAUCUCAGGGUUGUAUGGCUACUGUCCGGGACGCAAACCCUCUGAAGGACAGAGACCGACGUCAGCAGUCAGGGCCAGUUGCCACCCACCGCCGUGCGCUGAGGAGCGGCCCAGUGAGCUGGAAUCCAGACUGGAGCUGCUGCAAUCACAGUUAAAUCGGCUGGAGACGCGGAUGACGGCAGAUAUCAACGUGAUCCUGCAGCUCCUCCAGCGACAGAUGGCCCCGGUGCCUCCAGCCUACAGCACCGUGUCCCCCAGCCCUCACCCGACUCACCCCACCACCCUGUACAGCACAGGGCCACCCACAGUUCACGCUGUCCCCCCAGUCCAGCCGGUGCAGAUCGACAGCACUGCCUCACUGCUGCAGAGUCCAGACUCUGACUGUAAGCACAAAUCCAAGGACUCCCUGUCGAGUGGGAUCCAUCUCACUGUGGCCUCUGAUGACACCAUGUCAAUGUCACCGGAGGCGGACCCACCACACCUGCCCACCAUGGACCCCUCCACUCCUCAACUGUCAAGGAUCAACAAGCCUCCUGGACUGUUAUGUGGCAGCCAGCGCUUCCCCUCCCUCCCCGAGCACCUGGAGACCUCCACCGAGAUGCAGGAGAUCCAGAGGCACGUCUCUGACCCUGUCUUGCCAGGCAGCUAG